GGAAGAGUUAUAGUGAAUCGAACUGAUUCACUUCUCAGAAGAAAACGUAGAGUUUAUGUUAAUGUACCGAUGUUUCUAACCGUUUUAACCUUCAGUGAACUUCCACUAACAUUUUAAAAUCAAAAUUAGUAAAAUCGAUUCAGACAUUCUCCAGUUUUAGCGAGAUGCACCAAAACAAUUCAUUUUUAAUGGAGAUAAACUUAAGAGCGAUUUUAUACCAAAAUAAUGACUAUAUCUUUAAAUAAGUGGGUUAAAAUCUUUGUUGAGGAAAAUGCUAUUAUUAUGGUAGUAUAAUGAAUAUUAUUUUCUAUUUUAGUAUUGUUAUCCCGGAUUUGUGUAUGUGAUAUAAGUGAUUUUGCUUGUGUGUUAAAAUUGGUAGAGCCUAAUGAGUACAGAAGUAAAGGAACGCAUUAAGUAAUUUUUAAAAAAAAAACUGUAGAUACAUAUGUUGGUGAGAGCCUUUUCAGGCAAACUAUGUCGCACACGAUCACUGGCUAACAUAAAAAUACCUGAAGAUAAUCUUAAGUAGCCUGAAUACUGAGAAAUAAUGCUACCCUAUGAAUAGAGAUAACAAUUAGGGCAGUGAAAACAUCAAAGUGUGCUACAACUGCUAUGGCUCCGAAGGAUUUUGUUGAAAUCGUGUUUUUGUGCUUAAGAUAUUCGCCAGAUGUUGACCCGCUUAAUCCAAUGGCAAGUCGAAAAAGGUGGAAUCCUACUUCGUCAUUCCCAUCAAUUAAAGACUGGUUUGAACAGUCGAUGGCGAAGGAAAUGGCAAAUAUACCACCCCGUGUGAAAGUUCAGUAUGCAGAGUGGCAAAUCAUUUCCGGAAACACUAGACAUUUUCAGGUUGGCAGCAAUCUGUUCGAUAAAAUAGCUAUUAUCUUGGGCGAAGAAUCUAACUACUGGCAUUACCAUCAGAGUACACCUGUUAAUCGACACCUUCAGGGACAUGGUUUAUUGUUAACAUAUUGCAGCUGUUGUUUAGAUAAAAACUUCGAGAACGUGUUAAAAAUGAUAGAAAAAUGUAUACUUAGGAAAGUGCCUAAUAUAUAAUAUGUUCGUGUGUAAAAUGUUUAAUAAGCUUCUAAUUAUUAUUAAGUCUGUUUCCCACAAACAAGUAAGCACUAAGUCAAUUGAGUCCAUUCACUUAUUCAAGCUUUGUAUUUUCUAAAAGUAUUUAAACUCCAUUUUCAACAGUAAAUGUUUUCGCAAGCA